UUUGAAGAGUAAAGUUUUUUUCCAGUAAGUAGACUUUAAUUAAUGGAAUAGCUUCUGUAUUUAGGCUUCACCACUUGAAUAAUACAGUUGUCUGUUUAACUUUUCAUUUAGUGUUAUACGCAUCACUAUAAUGUCAUAGCUACUAAUAAUAGUGUAGACGUAGUUGGAACUUAUCAGUUAACUCGUCAAAAAUGUUACGAUUUUCCGUUAGCUACUUCAUAUUCACGGCAGCAAAUCAGUCCACAUUCGAAUUUCUGUAGAGACGAGCGAAGUUACUAUGGUUAUUUGUUCCUUUAAUGCCGAAAAGCUCACUGGUCGAGAUCAUCUUAAGUUACGGCCUUUUUAUAAUCUACUCAUUUACAGAAUACUCAUGGGGAAUGUAUGGAGUAGAUGAGCAGUUCAGGCCGUGUGAGAUGAAGUUAAUAUAUGUUAAAUGCAGUACCUGUCUUUUCUAUUUUUUUUGCUUCCCUUACUUUGUUAACUACGUUUCCCUUUCCUACCCAUGUUUUCAACAAAUUGUCUAACCACUUCUUGUGAUACAGAGGUCUGUAUUUUACGAAAUCGUUACUCACUUUUCCGAAUUUUACAUUCUAUCGCGUUCACGUCGUUUGAAAAAUACCCUAGUCUUACUUUUUGAACGGAACACUACAAACCAUUUCAUUACCUUCCAAUAUCCAGUAUCGUUUUUACGAGCUAGUAUAAACCAAUUUGAUUUCCUAUUCGAUUUACAAAAAUUUUUCCGCUGGAUACUUGUACACUAAGCUGAAAUCUGGAAAUGAAAAAAUAUAGUUUAUUCCGUCAAUCAAUAGUUGCUUAAAAUUUCUUAGAUUACUUAAUCCUAGUUUAAUUUCAUCUUUGUUAUACUGAUGCAUAUACUCUCUGUUUUGAUCUUACUUCUCUCUUUGAUUCAUUUUAUUUGCAGAUAAACGCCGCCAAUGGAUAGAUAUGAUUCAGUGGAAUCACCAACUGAGAGUACAAGAUCAUUCAUCGCUCUUGUCGUCUUAUCCCAGGUUUUCGGAUUAUUAGCGGUUGUUUUAACUGGUGUUUGGCUAGGAAAAUAUUGGGGUGGAUUCAGUUGGACUAAUGCCAGCACAGUCUUCAAUUACCAUCCUCUUUUUAUGGUUUUGGGUCUGGUAUUUCUGUAUGGGGAUGCAAUUUUAGUCUAUCGUGUUUUUCGAGCAUAUCGUAAAUUGCCAAUCAAGAUCGUGCAUGCUCUCUUACACAUGCUUGCAUUUCUUUUCGGUGUUUUGGGUAUCAAGGCAGUAUUUGAUUUUCAUAAUGCGUUAACUAUACCAAAUAUGUACAGUCUUCAUAGUUGGUUAGGGAUAACAGCGAUUGUGGUGUUUGGAUUACAGUGGGUUGGUGGCUUAAUAGGUUUUUUGGUACCUCAAACGCCUCAAAGUGCUCGUAGUAAACUUUUACCUAUCCAUGUGACAAUUGGUAGCUUCUUAUAUCUGCUAGUGAUUGCUGUAUGCAUAUCUGGGAUUACAGAGAAAAAUUUCUUUUCAAAAGCGUAUCCGUCACUUAGGACUGCUGAGGUAAUUGGCAAUAUACUUGGUAUCACAUUGGUGAUAUUCGGUGGUCUUGUCUUCUAUUUAGUUCAACAUCCAAAUUAUCGUCGUAUAGAUGUAAUAUCACCGGAACGUCGCGCCCUCCAUGAAUGA